ACGAGAAACGCCGCAUUUCCUUUCAUCCAGGCUUUGUGUAUAAGCUUCUGGACUAUAUUUUAACUCUUGUUUAUCCUCGUAAACAAGCAUAGAUGCCUGAACUUUCGCCGCGGGCCGUCGGUUCUGUCGCCGUCCGCGUCCAUUGCUAGGCGAUGGACAGGCAGCAGAUGCAGGUGAGCGACGAAGAGCCAGAAGUCCUGCGACAAGAGAGCCGGAGGAGGAGGAGAAAGAAGGCCAUCACCUCGUCGUCCUGCGCCUCCAUGGAUCAGAUCACGGUGGAGUUCAUCCUGCCCACCGCCACGCGGGGGGGAAACGCUCCUGACACCCUGCAGCUGGAAGUGGCCGGAAACUGGACCGUAGAACAGGUGAAAGCUCAGGUGUGGCUGAAGGCGGUGACGCUGAACCUCUGUCCGGACUUCUACCAGAGGUUUUCCCCAGACCACUGCAUGCUGCUGUACCAGAAGAAAGGAAACAUUUGCGAGAUCUACGACAAACACCAAGUCUUCCAGACGCUGGAUUGCAUUCGCUACUGGAAAGCCCUGAAGAAAGAUGUGGGGCGGAUCCAGCUCGUACCCCGCCCGCAGCCGUCGGACGAGUCCGUGCACUACCAGCGCCACCUCAACUACUUGAUCGGCUACGACGUGACGGACGUCAGCAACGUCCACGACGACGAGCUGGAGUUCACGCGCAGGAAGCUGCUGACGCCCCGGCGCAUCGAGCUGCUGGACCGGGACCCCAAGCUGUACUCCAUGGACCCCUGGGUGACCCGCAAGCCGGUGCCUGAGCACCUCCUGACCAAGGUUAACAACGGUCACAUUCUGCUUGUGAUCCACGUCGGCACAGCCAGCCAGACCAUCAAGGUCUCCAUCGACGACACUCCGUCACAGGUGUUGUCGAGCUUCUUCACCAAGAUGACCAACAAAAGAGUGUUGCUGGGCAUCGCUGAGGACCAGUGCGAGGCAGACUUUGUCCUGCGUGUGUGUGGCAGAGAGGAAUACCUGUAUGGAGAGAAACCUCUUCAGAACUUCAACUGGAUCCGUCAGUGCCUAAAGAACGGGGAGGAGAUCCACCUGGUUCUGGAGGCGCCUCCUGAUCCCGACCUGGAUCAAGUGCAGAAGGAGGACUGGGCCCAGGUCGAUGACUGCACCGGAGUGGCAGGAACCCACGAGCAGCUGACCAUCGACGAGAAGGACCACGAGCGAGUCUUCACCAUCUCCAUGUGGGACUGCAACAGGAGGUUCAGAGUCAAGGUGCUGGGCAUCGACAUCCCGUCUCUCCCCAAAGUGCCGGAGUUCAUCGUCUACAUAGAGGCCAGCAUCUUCCACGGCCAGCAGCUUCUAGCGCAGGAGAGGACGACCUCCAAAACGUUCAACGAAGAAGUGUUGUGGAACUGCUGGUUGGAGUUCGGCAUAAAGAUCAAGGACCUGCCGAAAGGAGCUCGGCUCAACCUCCAGGUAAUCUGUGGGAAGCAGCCCCAGACUCCAAACUCCAAAUCGGGAUCGUAUCAGGACAGUCCUGCAGGAAGUGGAACCCUGGAAGGGAAGACCAAGAGCCGCCUCCUGUACUACGUCAACCUGCUGCUGGUGGACCACCGCUCGCUGCUCCGCCAGGGCGAGUACAUCCUCCACAUGUGGAAGAUGCCCGAGAAGAGCGACGAGAGCAGCAGCAGCAUCAACGCCGACAAGCUGACGUCGGCCACCAACCCGGACAAGGCGUCCUCCAUGGCCGUCGCCAUCCUGCUGGACAAGUACUGCUACCCGGUGGUGCUGCCCAAGAGCCGGGAGGGCGGGCGGGACGGCGGCGGCGGCGAGGAGGCGGAGGGAGGCGACAGAGGUCAGAGGGAGAUGCCCAACCACCUGAAGAAGCAGUUCGAGGCCAUCGUGAGGACCGACCCGCUGCACCCGCUCAGCCCCGAGGACAAGGAGCUGCUGUGGCACUUCAGGCACGAGUGCAUGCGCGACCCCAGAGCUUACCCGAAGCUGCUGGGCUCGGUGUGGUGGGGCAAGCAGGAGGACGUCCUCGCCACGCACCGCCUGCUGGACCGCAGCAGCGCCUGGGACACCAGCGGUCUGGACGUGGGUCUGGCCAUGCAGCUGCUGGACUGCCACUACUCCGACGCUCAGGUCCGCUCCAUGGCCGUGAGGAAGCUGGAGACGCUGGAGGACGACGACGUGCUCCGAUACCUGCUGCAGCUGGUCCAGGCAGUGAAGUUUGAGCCGUACCACGAUAGCGCUCUCGUCAGGUUCCUGCUGAAAAGAGCUCUGAGGAGCAAGCGAAUCGGCCACUUCCUCUUCUGGUUCCUGCGCAGCGAGAUCGCCCAGUCCAUGCACUACCAGCAGCGGUACGCCGUCCUGCUGGAGGCCUACCUGCGCGGCUGCGGCGGCGCCAUGCUGCUGGACUUCAGGAAGCAGGUGGAGAUGACCGAGGCUCUGCAGAAAGUCACCCGCGAGGUCAAGACCAUGUCCGCUGAGAAAUACGACGUGACGGCGCAAGUGGUGUUUCAGCUGCGCCAGAAGCUGGAGACGCUGCAGUUAUCCGGCCUGCCGCAGAGCUUCAGAGUCCCUUAUGAUCCGGGCCUGAGAGCUGGAGCGCUGAUGAUCGAGCAGUGCAAGGUGAUGGCGUCCAAAAAGAAGCCGCUGUGGCUGCAGUUCAAGCGGGCCGACGCCACCACGCUGUCCAAAGACCCCAUCGGCAUCAUCUUCAAGGACGGAGACGACCUCCGGCAGGACAUGCUCAUCCUGCAGAUCCUGCUGAUCAUGGAGUCGAUCUGGGAGACGGAGUCGCUGGAUCUCUGCCUGCUGCCGUACGGCUGCAUCUCCACCGGCAACCGCAUCGGGAUGAUCGAGAUCGUGAAGGACGCCACCACCAUCGCCAACAUCCAGCAGAGCGUGGUGGGAAGCACCGGAGCCUUUAAGGAUGAAAUCCUCUACCAGUGGCUGCGGGACAAGUGUGCCAGUGAGGACAAGUUCCAGCAGGCGGUGGAGCGCUUCCUGUACUCCUGCGGCGGUUACUGCGUGGCCACCUACGUCCUGGGCAUCGGAGACCGCCACAACGACAACAUCAUGAUCACCGAGUCCGGGAACCUCUUCCACAUCGACUUCGGCCACAUCCUGGGAAAUUACAAGAGCUUCAUGGGAAUCAGCAAGGAGUGGGUUCCCUUCGUGCUCACGCCGGACUUCCUGUACGUCAUGGGAACGUCGGGGAAGAGAAGCAGCCCCCACUUCCAGAAGUUCCAGGACGUGUGUGUGAAGGCUUACCUCGCCCUGCGGCAUCACACCAACCUGCUCAUCAUCCUCUUCUCCAUGAUGCUGAUGACGGGCAUGCCGCAGCUGACCAGCAAGGAGGACAUCGAGUACAUCCGCGAGGCGCUGACCGUGGGCCGCAGCGAGGACGAGGCGCAGCGCCACCUGCUGGACCAGAUCGAGAUCUGCAGGGAGAAAGGCUGGAUGGUUCAGAUCAACUGGUUCGUCCACCUGGUGCUGGGCAUCAAGCAGGGCGUGGAGAAGCGCUCCACCUAGGACGGGUCAGGACUCACCCAGGCCCUCCUUACAAACAUCUUUUCUGCAUUUUUAGACUCCGCGUAAGCGGAUGUUCAAAACUCAACAGUUUUCGUCUUAAACCUUAUUUUAAGUUUUAACGGUCACGGCGACGAGCUCGGUGCAAGUUUCUCUUUCAUACUUUCGGUCAUUUUUCCAGUCCGUGCAAUCAGAACGUUGCGCACUUUGUGAAAUCCGGCUGCAGGGAGCUGUGAAUCGUGGUCCGGCACAUUUCAAACGACUGACCAAGUUAGAUCCCGUCCUCAGCCAGAGCUUUUGUCUUCUCUUGAUGUUUUAUCGGUGCAAUCUGCGUCUCAGCUCGUGGCUCAGCUGGAUUUCAGGUUUCCAGAGGAACAUUCUGUACCUGACUGAACUCCAGAUUCACAUUAUUGAGCUGUCAAAUAGUUUUAUUCGUCAGUCCAGCUUCCGUCGUCACUACUGCUUGGCAGAGUCACUCUCCGAAUGGAGACUCUUAAUUUAAAAGCAUAAAGCACUUAGAGUGGAUGUGAUUGGUUCAGUUCAAGUCAUUGAUCGUAUCAGCGCAAACUCUUUGAGUCAUGGACUGUCUGCCAUUAAAUUAACAAAAGGGAAGUUGUGCACACUUAAAUAUAUUAGAUCAGGGGCUCCAAUGCAGCCUUUCAAAAUACCAAACAAAUGGUAAGAAUUCCAAACUAAAUAAAUGAUUUUUUUUUUUUUUUUGGACAUUUCACUUUAUUUUGUUUGGCUUUGUAAAAAUAGAGUCAUUUUCUUUUCGUAUACUCGAAGACUUGAAGUACACGGAUGAAUUAAAACCCAGUGUGUGUAAAUCCAACUUGCACUGUAAACCUUGUAGUUUUUACUCAGGAAACUGCCACAACUGGGACCCGAUCUGGAUUUAUUAAAUCUAAAGUGAUUAACUUAUAUUCGAUCAUUUGCUUUAACUUUGGGCUCAGUUGCUGUUUUUAUUAAUGUGACCAAGUCGAACAGCCAGUCCAGACAAUCAUGGGGGUUUUAUCAUCGUUUAACAGGAGCAGGACCUUGUUUCUGUAGAGAACUGGAUCUUUGUUUACAUUUGUAUUUAAAAAAAAAAGAGAGAAAGGAAAGGAGGUGGCUUCACGGCGAGGAAACGCUUCCCUCUUUACUUCAUUUCCAUUCGGUG